AUGGUUUGGCGUCUAUUGACUGUCUAUGCCAGGACGGAUGAAAGGGUUCAUCACAGACAAUGGCAUACCCUUAAUGAGCGGAUUCUUCGAUAUAAUGAACCAUGUAUAGUUGUGGGCGAUUUUAAUGAUAUCCUAGAUAGUUCGGAGAAGGCAGGGGGCAACCCAAGGGAUGAGCGAAGUAUGGCGGCCUUUCGUGAGUUUGUUUCGGAUUUUAUGCUCAUGGACCUUGGCUUUGAUGGAUAUCCUUUUACUUGGCGGAACAGAAGAGAGAGUGGGCUGAUCCAAGAGAGAUUGGAUAGAGGUUUAACCUUGGAGAAGUGGCUGGAACUGUACCCAGAGGCGAGGGUGACGCACCAAAUUUUGUCGGGUUUUGAUCACACAGCUUUACUACUCAUAGUUCAUCCCACCCAUACUAGGUGGAAGGGUCAUUUUGUGUAUGAUUUGCAGUGGGGCAAGGAGGAGCGGUGCAAGGAAUUAGUAGAGGAGCGUUGGCAAAAAUGGGUUCAAGGGUCAAUGGGGGACCGAAUAUUUGGCAAGUUGGGGUGGGUACGACAAGGGAUUAUACAAUGGAGGAAGAGUGAGGGACGCAAUUCAAAGGUACAUACUGAGAGGGUGCAUGAUCAACGAAGACAUGCUUAUUAG